AUGACGACUUUAUUAGACGCUCUCCGAAAGACCACUCAGGUCGACUGCGACACUCUUGACGCCAAUGUCGCUCAACAACUAGGUCCAUUUGUGGAUUGCACUUCCAAUCAGGCAAUUGCGUUCUCAGAGAUCUCCAGGCCGCUUGCGGGAGAACCUCUUUUGCGCCACAAUGCCUUAGUCAAAGAUGCCAUUGACGGCGCGAGGGGAGCUUUGAAGGAACUUCAAGGAUCUGUAACGUUCGAGGAGUUUGUCGUUCAGAUCUUGAUGGUUAAACUGCAAUUGUUGAUCGUCCCAAAUGUCACAGGCUAUGUGCACAUUCAGACCAACCCAAAGCUUUCUUACUCAACUGAAGGCACAAUAAGCGAUGCUUACAGAAUCGUCGACAUCUUCAAGACGCUAGCCCCCGACUUUGACUCGAAAAGGGUAUGCAUCAAGAUCCCUGCCACUUGGGAGGGCCUUCAAGCGUGUCGCACACUCGAGAUGAAAGGAAUUGCUACGCUUGCGACCACCAUGUUUUGCAUGGAGCAAGCGACUCUGGCUGCUGAGGCGCAGUGCACUUACAUUGCGCCCUAUGUCAAUGAGCUUAAGGUUCAUUUUGAAGCAGGAUACGUGGAUGAGCACAAAGCCUUUGACUUUUGUCGUGAAGCGCAAGCCUACUACAUCAACCACUCGUUCCGUACACAGGUUCUGGCUGCGUCGCUCACAUCUGUGGACGAAGUUAUGCAACUUGCCGGUAUCCAACACAUCACCAUCUCACCAAACCUACUCAACGGCCUUGCUUCUACCGAACUGUCGUCCUGGGAUGGAAAGCUUGGCGGCUACUUCGCACAGGGUCCAGACAACAAGAGCUGGGAAACAAGGGAUUACAAUGCUCUGGUCCGAGAUGAAAGCAAGUGGAGGAUGGCUUUCACCAGGAGCGGCUUUGGCACAAGCGAAGGUAAGAUUAUUCAGGCUAUCAAUUACUUCUCCGAUUGCCAGGAGAAGCUGGAGGACUUGGUGCGACAAUACGCAGGAUGA